GAGUCACUCACAAAAAGCACGAGCUCUGCGUGUGUCUUGGCAGAGCAGCGAGGUGCCAGCUAGAGACACUGUGCUGUGAGGUGACACAGCUGAGUUACCCGGAGGCGGUAAGCCUCACAGUAGUGGAAAACUAUAUGUAAAAAGGCAGAUGGAGCCUGGUGUGAAUAAACGUAAAGUAAUACCCAGGGAGGAGUGCCAGUCCCAGCUACGUGUGUUCAGGGAAGAGGCCUCUGGACUUACAGCACAAAGCCCUGUGUAAGUGCCAGGCAGUGCUGGGCAGCCGUCCACAGAAAAGCACAAGAGAAAUAUGAGGGAAGCAUCAGAGAGGGGAGGCUUGCUCUGCCCUUGAGAAUUUGGAAGUGGUCGCGGAAAAAAACCUCCCAAGGAAUUACUCUAAUCGUUUCGUAUCCAGUUCCCAUAAGAUGCCACAUUGGAUCUCAUUUGCACGGCGCUGGCAGGACUCCAGCAUCGGCCGAGCGAACUCAUUUACUCCUGCUUAAGCAGGAUCAAAGUCAGGCCUGGCUCCGAUGGGAGCUAACACCUGUGCUUUUAGCAGGACGCCUUCAGCCUGAGUUCCCAAGAGUUGAAUUCAUUUUCCCAUAUCUCAGCAGCAUUUGUAGUGGAAAACAAUUUUUCUUACCAAAAAUUAGCGUCGGGUCUUAACAGCUUUUUGCAUAAAACAACUCUCUGAAGCAAGUCGUUGAUUACAGCAGGAUUCACGACAUGGAAUUAAUUACCCCGCUGCUGCCUAUAGCCCACAACAGAUGAUUUAGCAUUAUUUCACUGUGGUUUCCUACACCAUUCAGUUCCUCUGAUGGAACAGAAACUUGUUUUGUUGGUUUUGUUUUUUUUGUAAAACAUAACACAAGCAAAACGAACGAACACAACCCGCAGCACGCAGUACCUUUCCUGUAACCGAUCUCACUGAAUUUAGGGGAAGGUCCCCCAGGUGGUACGGCCGAGAAGUGUCGCGUUGCCCUGCCAGCUCUGCAGACGCGCAGGUGGGGCUGGUCCUGACACCCGGCCCGGGUGCUCCAGGCUCCCCGUGCAGCGCCAGGGCGGGGUGGUGCUGCCGGCACGGCCCCCCGGGCACCGUCCAAGGCCACGGAGGCAGGCAGGUGCUGGCACGGGGCAGCCGCGCACCCGUGGGGGUAUGGAACUUUCUCACAAUACUCAAAAACAUCACUGGAGCUGCCCCAGGUUUGUUUACCCAGCUCCUGACCACAGACAAAGCCAUCUGGCUUCGGGACAGACUGAAACGCACCAUGGUAAAACUCCACCCGUGGUGAGCAGCGGCGGUGGAGCUGCCCUAGCGCCGGCCCUGGGUCACCAGCCAGACCCCACGGCAGCGCCAGCAGGCCCGGCACAGCCACACCACCGCCGCUGUCCCACGCAUCUCGAGGCUCCAGCCAGUACCGUGCCCAGGAAGGGUUUUCCCACUGACGCGGCCCAUCGUUGGCACUUCUUCCUAACAGCAUCCUCCGCUCUAAACACCAACGCAGAAGCCGCGGGGACCUCCGCUCCGCGCAGGAGCGCGGCACGGCCCCGUGCCUCCCCGCGGCACCAAGCGCUCAGUGCCACCGCCCCGCGUCGCCACGGAGACCGCACGCGGCGCCGCAACGGCCGGGACCGAGCGGGACGGAGCGGGAGCUGCGCGGCCGCCGCCGGCUGGAAGAGGUGGGGAGCCCCGCGGGGCAGAGCAGCGGCCCGCCCGGAGAGCCCUGCGCAUCCACCUGCUCGGCAGCAAGCCGGGGCCGAGGAGCGCCUCCGCGUGCACGCUGCCUGCCUUUCUGAUCGCAUACGCUGGGAAGUUCCAUAAAGGACAUGGAAGCGCCGGACGGCGUCGAUGCCAGCGCUGCACAGAAGCCGCCGGGAAGGCCGCUAUCGCAGCAGACAGAAGCGAGCUGGCUCCGGGACCGUGCCUGCAGAGAACCAUCUCCACCAGGAGAGCCCAGCGGCCUGGACAUCACCUGUGCCACGGAUUUCCUAGAGGACUUUGUGGAGCUGUUGGCACAGCCGCUGUGCACGCUGUCCUCUGUUGGCCCGCCAGCCGCGCUGGCCUACAGACCCGAGACAUUGCGGGGCCGCCUGCGGGCUGAGGUAGAGGAGGACUCUGCUCCAAAGUGCGAGUACUGCGGGAGCCUGCUGAGGCCGUUCCCUUCCUUCGAGGACAUUUGCCCAGCAGCGCAGAAGUUCUGCUGCAAACGCAAUCGAGAACUCUACGAGUUCAUCGCAAGUGAGAGGAAGAAACACGAAAGCGCUCGGGACGGUUCUAUUUCUAUAGACUCCCAUAAGCCCCACGGCACUGAAGCUGAAAGACAGCUGGCAAAGGAGAGAGCAUACCAGAGGCAGCAGGAAAGACAAAUGGCCAGACAGUUAGCCUUCCUGGCAGCUGAGCGGACCACUGCAGCUGAGCGUCCAGCACAACUUGGCACCAUUUCCUACCUGCUUUCUCAGGAGCCACCAUCUCUGACGGGCUGGACACUGAUGCCUGGCAAGAAAGCAGCAAAGCUCGAGGAGGAGGAGGAGCCCAUCUCCUACAGCAUCACCUGCUGCGACUUCACUGUUAUGGGCGGAAGGGUAGCGAAGAAUGAAUUGUUGGAGAAAUACUACAAACACGGAGGGAAGUUUCUUACCAUGCUCCCAGAUGGAACAGCACAGUUAUUCUAUCCAUCUGGAAACCUGGCAGUCAUCGUUGUACGAGAGAAAAAGCGCUUUGUUUGCAUAGUGCAGGAAGACAAGGCAAGUAACACUGAGAUACAGGCGGUAUUUGCAUCCAACGGCAGGAGCACCUGCUAUCACCCGCAUGGCACUGUGUGGAUAACGAUGAACACUGCAGGAGGGCAGUGCCUGGACCGGAAAGGCAGCAGGGUGAGGAGGUGGAUAUGGCCGAGCAGCACAGCACCAUCGGGACCCUGUGCCCCACUGAGCCCUAUCUUCCUCUCUCUGAACCUGCACGUGGGGGUCAGGAUCAUGAGCCAGGAUAAGAUCACGGUUUCCUUCCUCGCCAUGGGGCAACAAGCAAAAUUCAACGUGGGAACCAAAGUGCAGGGCAGCCAGGCUGGCCAGCUGCGUGCUUCCCCCCAGCUGAAUGAGGAUGAGCUCCUGCUGCUAGCCUUGCGGGUGAGGAUCCUGCGGCUCAUCGAUAAGCUGCGUGGCUGCCUGAACUUUCCUUCCAAUGAGCAAUGGGACAAAAUGAAGCCACCAGCGUACCUUGUCACACAGACUUCAAAGAUCUUGUACCUUUGCACGACUUCUGACAUGAGCAAGGAGCUGUGCAGCUCAGUCAGGGCAAUAAUAAAUGCUCCAGUCUGAGCAGCA